CACUCACCCAGCAAUUUUGCCAUACUGCGUUCCUAAAGAUGUGUGGAUAUAAGGAGCACAUUGGAGCCUCUCCAAACCAAAGAUCCUUCCAAAAGCUCAGACUUCUACCAUCCUCAACUAAAUAGCGUCAACAACCCGUCAUCCGGAGAAGUGGGGAGGGCUUGCACCACAGAAUAAUCUUCUCCAAAAGUCUUUCGUAUUGAGACAGGUCUUUUGAAAACAACUUCAUUUGGAGAAACAGCUGUCUCCGAAGCAGGUAAUUCUCUCUCCUUCCUAAGUAAUUAGUACUAAUUAAGAACCGGUCUUGCAUAACAUAAGCCUGCAGUUUUGAUGGUUUGUUCCCGAGCUCAAAGAAGAUGACUGCAUGGAAGUUUGCGAUCACGGCCGUCGCCGUCGCCUUCUCCUUCGUUGCAAUUGUUCAAGUUCGCGGCCAACCUAGUACUGAAGGUUUCAUAAGCAUUGAUUGUGGCACUCCUGAUGGUUACAAUCACACCGACAAUACGAACAUACAAUAUGUCUCCGAUGAUCAAUACAUAGAUUCAGGGGUAAACAAGAGAAUUGCACAAAAUUACAUAAAUUCUUCUAUACCGAUUCAAGACGUAACUGCAAGAAGUUUCCCUAGCGGGUCUCGGAACUGCUACACCUUAAAGCCCGUAACGGCGGAUCAAAAAUAUCUCUUGAGAGCAACUUUCAUGUAUGGAAACUAUGAUGGGCAACAAAGUGAGAACCCUAACACUUCCAUACAAUUCGACCUAUAUAUCGGAGUUGAUCUUUGGAAAACAGUGAACAUCUCUGAUGCAUCUGCUGAAUACCGAGUUGAGGCUAUCACUUUAGCCUUAGCCGAUUUCAUAUCGGUUUGUCUGAUAAAUACGGGCUCUGGUACUCCAUUCAUAUCUGCAUUAGAAUUGAGGCCAAUUAAACCUGCAAUGUACCCUGAAGCUGUGGCGAACCAAAGUAUUGUUUUGUAUCUUCGGCGCACAUAUAAGCCAUCAUCAAAUCAGAUAUUUAGAUUUCCCGACGAUCCAUACGAUCGUAUAUGGGCGUCAUACACCGAAAUCCCCUCCGACUGGACGACGAUCUCUACCAACGCCACGAUCCAGGACAACCAGAACGACCGCUUCAACGCCCCGUCUACCGUCCUGCAGACAGCCGUCACCCCUAUCAGAUCACCCACCAUGACUUUCCUGCAGCUGGACAGAGAGAGCGGCCCCACCGCCCCCCAGUACUACGUGGUCUUCUACUUCACUGAGCUCCAGUCACUCAACACUAAUGCUGUGAGGGAGUUCAGCAUCUAUUUCGAUGGUUCCUACCAGUGGCACGCCCCCUACAGGCCGGCCUACCUCAUUUCCGACUACAUAUACAGUAUAUCUCCGUGGUAUGGAUAUGCGCAUUAUAUCUUCUCGCUUAACGCCACUGCAAACUCCACCCUUCCUCCUUUCAUCAAUGCGUUUGAGGUCUAUACGCCCAUGUUCCUCUCCAAUGCCGUAACCGAUGUCAGCGAUGCUGAUGCCAUUAUGGCUGUGAAGGCGCAGUAUCAAGUUAAGAGAAAUUGGAUGGGCGAUCCUUGUAAUCCAACCGAGUAUGCUUGGGAUGGUUUGAAUUGUAGCUAUACUGCAAGCCCUUCGAGGAUAACAUCUGUAAACCUAUCCUCGAGUAGAUUGGCGGGUCGGAUAUCUGAUUCUUUUUCAAUGCUUCAAGCAAUGGAGUCCAUCGAUCUAUCCAACAACAACUUAACUGGAGGGAUACCAUAUUCUCUAGCAAAUAUAUCGUCCCUCCAGGUCUUAAAUUUGACAAAUAACAAUCUCAGUGGACCAGUCCCUGAUGCCCUCCUUAAAAAGGCAGAUGCCGGAUUGCUUAUUUUAAGAGUUGACGACUAUCUACUCCUCUGCAAUGCUUCCACAUGUCCAUGCAAUGGUUCGUCAUGUCAGAAUACUAUUAGUACAGUAAAGAAGAUACCAAAACCUGUCAUUGUGAUUCUUGCCGUCAUUCCUGCAAUUCUACUGGCUGUUCUGGUACUCACACUCGCAAUCACACGUGGGACAAUGUGUGGAAAGCUGCCGGAUUCGCACCAUGAUAGCUUUGUGCCGCCAUAUGUUGAAAAUCCUUCUGAAACACCAGGGGAGCCUGAAGAACCUUGGAUACCCCGCACUAAACGACGAUUCACAUACAUGGAGUUAAACAAUGUAACUAACAAUUUUAGUCGAGUAAUUGGCAGCGGAGGAUUCGGAGUGGUUUACCAUGGCUACCUAGAAAAUGAAACAGAGAAAAAUGUUACUGAGGUCACAGUGAAAGUUUGUCACGAGAUUUCAUCUCAAGGGACCAAGCAGCUUCAUGCUGAGGCCGAGAGUUUAACGCAUGUUUUCCACAAGAAUCUGGUUUCUCUGGUUGGUUACUGCAUGGAUGGAGAUAAACUUGGGCUUGUCUAUGAGUACAUGCCUCAAGGAAGUCUUCACGAUCAUCUCAGAGGUACAAGUGGAGUUUUUAGAGCCUUGAAUUGGGGGGAGCGACUACGUAUUGCGCUUGAAGCUGCUCAAGGCUUGGACUAUAUGCACACGGGUUGCCAAAUAGUUCACAGAGAUGUGAAGACGAGCAACAUUCUGUUAGGCCAAAAUUUAGAGGCCAAGAUAGCCGAUUUUGGGUUGGCUAAGAUGAUUGGCGGUAAUGAACAUGUUUCACUUAUGUCUGUUUGUGGGACCCCUGGCUACAUCGAUCCAGAGUCUUUGAGAACACUGCGGCUAACUGAGAAGAGUGAUGUAUACAGUUUUGGAGUGGUUCUGUUGGAAAUAAUCACUGGUGAACUUCCCAUCUUACAAGGCCAAGGCGAAGAAAUUAUCCACUUAGUCAAACAUGUGUCUCAAUUUAUCGCUAGAGGGGAUAUCAAAGAGAUUGUGGAUUCAGCACUGCGAGGAGAGUACGACCUCAAUUCUGUGUGGAAGGUCAUGGAUAUGGCGAUGAGGUGCACAGCAGAAGCAGCCGUUGAAAGACCAACAAUGACUGAAGUGGUGAUGCAGCUAAAGGACAGUUUGAUUACCGAGACUACUCAUGCAAAAAGCAAAAGCUCUUAUGGUGAUAGUUCCGAGACGAGCCAGAUUAGCAUCUCCGGCACCACAACGAUGUCAAUUGGUCCGUCCUCAUGAUAAAGCUAUCCUCAUCUUCAUCUCUUUGAGCGUGAAUUUUUCUUUUGGAUAGAUUGCAUCACAGGUCCUCAACAUUCUGAUACGUUUAAUUCUGGUCCUCAAUGCUCUACUUUUUACAGUUGGUUUCUGACUUUUACAUUCCGCUGCAGACUUAAUCCUUUCAUUAAAUUCUACCAUGAAAAUUGACGAAAACUCUAUAUAGUAUUGAUAUUAUGAUAUAUCUAGGAGUCCGAAGCUAUGUGACGACGACGUGCUUGCGUGCUAUUUGUAUUUCUUUAAACUAUGAAUCCACACUAGAGCAUGUUUAAAUCUUGUUAACUAUGACUGUGUUCUGCAGUUUGUAAUGCUUUGUACCGAUGAUUGUGUGAGUAAACAAAUGAAACUCUUCUUUGGACCGUAGAGUUGUAAAAGAGUGGAAUUGAUAAUUGA